AUGGAGUCAAGCUUUGCGGAGAAGACAUCCUACUUGACAUCCUUGCGGGGGAUUCUGCAGAUCAUCAGCAAGGGGCGAGCCACAUGCACUGUCAUUGCGAAAGGUGGUCAACAAGACGACACCCCACAGAUCCUGAAAGCAUUCGAGAGUUGCGGCCAUGGAGGCUUGAUUGACUUCCCUGAGAACCAGACGUACUGGAUCGCAAGUCGAUUGAACCCUGUUGUCAACGAUGUCAUGAUCGAAUGGCGCGGAUUAUGGCAGUAUUCUGACAAUCUGACAUACUGGAGGAAUAACUCCUAUCCGAUCACGUUUCAAAAUCACCACGCGGGGUUCAUCUUGACGGGUGACGGUAUUCACAUCAACGGUUAUGGUACUGGAGGAGUCAAUGGCAAUGGCGACGUGUGGUACUCCGAGGAAAAAAACGUUACUCGGCCUGGGAGGCCGAUGCCGUUCGUCCUGUGGAACGUCUCUGAUGUGACCAUCAGUCAAUUCUUCAUAAAGCAACCUCAGCUGUGGUCGUUCAACAUCAUGAAUGGCACAGAUAUCGCAAUCGAUCAACUUUACUGCAAUGCAACGGCGACAAAAGCACCGUGGGGUUCCAACUGGGUGCAGAACACCGACGGGUUUGACACCAUGGACGUCAAGAACGUAUAUCUGACCAAUUUCGUGUAUCAAGGUGGAGACGAUUGUGUAGCUAUCAAGCCCAGGAGCUACGGCGUCACUAUAUCGAACGUGACCUGCCGAGGAGGUAAUGGUAUUGCCAUUGGCAGUCUUGGACAAUACCUGGAAGACUCUUCAGUCGAAAAUGUCAUGGUCGAUGAUGUUAAGAUCGUUCGGUAUAACGAAGACAUGGAGAAUGGUGCAUACAUCAAGACCUGGAUAGGAGAGCAGGCACCACAGUCGAGUUAUGAGAGUGCCGGGCUUUCCAAUGGAGGAGGAUGGGGUAACGUGCGCAACAUUCUGUUCAGCAACUUUGACGUUGGAGGAGCAAACCUAGCGGCAGCCAUCACACAAGAUAGUGGUGAUAACGGUAGCUUCGCAGGCACCUCAAAUAUGCUGGUGUCGAAUAUCGCCUUCGUAAAUUUCACGGGUUGGACCAACACUUCAGCAGCGAAGUCUCCAAGGACCAUCGACAUUUCUUGCUCCAACCGAAAUCCAUGCUAUAACAUUGAUUUUGGCAACUUCACGGUUACCACUGCCAUCAAUAGCUCGACGAAUGGGACCACGACUUGCGAAUAUGUUGCAACUGGAGGCGUUCAUGGGGAGAAUUGUACUUCGCCGUGA